AUGCCAAAAAAAAGUGAUGUGGCUAAAUUGGAUGAAGUUGGCGUUGAGAUAGACACAGAAUUGACCGACAGUGAUGACGGUGCCACCCAGAGUAGAACGAACCGGAGGCAGGCAGCUGGAAGAGGAGGUGCGAAGGGAAGAGGCCGGGGCAAAAAACCUGCCAGCGAGGACGAGGAUGAGGAGGAUGAAGAGGAAGAUGACGCUCCCAGGAGACGCCGAGGUGCAAACAAGAAGAAGCCUGCAAAGAAACGUGGCGGUGAUGAUGAUGAGAGUGAGGACGAAGCUCCCAAGAGGAAACGAGGAGGAGCAGCCAAUAAGAAGAAAGGAGGCAAAGCUCAGGACAGUGAUGAGGAGGACAGUGAUGAUGGAAAAGGAAAGAAGGGAAAGAAGGGAGGAGGGAAGAAAGGAGGGAAGGAGGAGGACAGCAAGGGUAAGAAGGGGGAUGCCAAAGGGAAGGACAAAGGGAAGGACAAGGGGAAGGACAAGGAUGAUGACAAAGACAAGAAGAAGAAGAAGAAAAAGGAUGACAGUUCAUCUGAUUCCAACUCAGACUCUGAAGAGGAGGAGUCCAUGUCGGAGGGAGAGAUGGCCCGGCUGAUGGAGGAGGUGGAGGAGAAGAAGAAGCUGAUCGCCAACAUCAGGAACAAGCCGUGGAGGAUGCAGCGAAGGCUCAUGCACCUGAAGGAGGCUCAAGAAUUUGUGGACAAGUUUGAAGGUGCUUUGGGCAAAGGAAAAGGCAGGAAGUGGUAUGCCUACAAAGUGAUGAUGACAAAGAAAUGGAUCAAGUUUCAAAGGGAUUUUGAGAAUUUCAGAACAGCCUGUAUCCCCUGGGAGAGGAAAAUCAAAGAGGUGGAAAGUCACUUUGGGUCAUCUGUGGCGUCUUACUUUAUCUUCCUGCGCUGGAUGUACGGCAUGAACCUCGUCCUUUUCGGUUUCACUUUUGGACUGGUGGUCAUCCCGGAGGUUCUGAUGGGCCUUCCCUAUGGAUCCAUUCCCAGGAAAACUGUACCCAGAGCAGAGCAGGCCACCGCUCAGGACUACUCUGUCCUCAUGGACUUCAAUGGUUACUGCAAGUAUUCAGUCCUGUUCUAUGGAUAUUACAACGACCAGAGGACCAUCGGCUUGCUGAAGUUCAGGCUGCCUCUGUCCUACCUCAUGGUCGGGAUCGGCACCUUCGGCUACAGCCUGAUGGUCGUGAUCCGCACAAUGGCCAAGAACGCAGAUGUCGGCGGUGGAGACGGAGAGGAGGGAGAGUUUACGUUUGCCUGGAAGAUGUUCACCAGCUGGGAUUACCUCAUUGGCAACGCAGAGACGGCUGACAACAAAUACGCCUCCAUCACCACCAGCUUCAAGGAGUCCAUUGUGGACGAGCAAGAGAACCAGAAGGAUGAGAACAUUCACCUGCGGAGGUUCCUCAGGGUCCUGGCCAACUUCCUGAUCACCUGCAGCCUUGGCGGCAGCGGAUACCUCAUCUACUUUGUGGUGAAGAGGUCUCAGGAGUUUGCCACCAGGGACGACCUCAGCUGGUACGAGAAGAACGAGUUGGAGAUCAUCAUGUCUCUGCUGGGUCUGGUGUGUCCUCCUCUGUUUGAGACCAUCGCUGAGCUGGAGGACUACCAUCCACGAAUCGCCCUCAAGUGGCAGCUGGGGCGCAUCUUUGCCCUCUUCCUGGGAAACCUCUACACCUUUCUGUUUGCCCUGUUUGAUGAGGUCAACACCAAGCUGGAGGAAGAGCAGUCCAUUAAGAACGCCUCCAUCUGGGCCAUGAAGGAGUACUACGCCAACUACUCACGUAUGGUGAACGACACAGAGGCUACGCCGCCCCCCAUGGACCCCGCUGACAUCAUCAGAGGACCCUGCUGGGAAACAGCUGUCGGCAUAGAGUUUGUAAAACUGACAGUGUCAGACAUCCAGGUGACCUACCUGACCAUCCUGAUUGGUGACUUUGCCAGAGCUGUCAUCGUCCGUUUCCUUAACUACUGCUGGUGCUGGGACCUGGAGGCUGGAUUUCCAUCAUACGGAGAGUUUGACAUCAGCGGAAAUGUUCUUGGAUUAGUCUUCAAUCAAGGAAUGAUCUGGAUGGGUGCCUUUUAUGCUCCCGGGCUGGUCGGCAUCAACGUGCUCCGCCUCCUCAGCUCCAUGUACUAUCAGUGUUGGGCUGUGAUGGCCACCAACGUCCCCCACGAGAGAGUCUUCAAGGCCUCCAAGUCCAACAACUUCUACAUGGGUCUGCUGCUCCUCAUCCUCUUCCUCAGUCUGUUACCUGUCGUCUACACCAUCAUGACCCUGCCACCUUCGUUUGACUGUGGACCCUUUAGCGGGAAAGCAAAGAUGUUUGAUGUGAUCAUGGAGACGAUCGAUCUGGACCUGCCGGCCUUCAUGGGGACGCUCUUCAGUUACGCAGCUAACCCCGGCCUCAUCAUACCAGCUGUACUGCUCAUGGUACUGGCCAUCUACUAUCUGAACUCAGUGUCUGAGGCCUACAAAAACUCCAACAUGGAGCUGAAGAAGAAGAUGCAGAUGGCUCGGGAUGAAGAGAAGAAUCGGAGAAACAACACAGACAGCACCAAUCAGGUCAUGAAAGACCUGGAGGACCUGCUGCCAAACCGUUCCCUCAUCCCCCCUGCUCCUCCACCAGAGCCUGAAAAAACCCCAGAGCCGGAACCAAAGCCAACUAAGACGAAGCCCGGUAAAGGUGUUAACCUGCAGAAAGAUGUGGCUUUGGCAUCACCCAACCCUAACGUUCAAAGGCCUGUGAGUCGGGCACCAGGGCCAAGAGGACCAGUGCCGGGUCCAGGUGCAGGACCGGGCCGAGGCCGAGGGAGAGGGCGUCCUCCAGUCUGAGAAAACCGCUUCCCUGCAGGUUGUGUUCACAAGAACCUUCAUUUCCUUUCACAUUUCCUUACUCACAUCAGCGACAGUUUGAAGUUCAUUGGAGGUAAUUUUUGAAACUUGUAACCUACAGUACAGUUGCUGUAAAAACCUCAGUCUUGUCUUGUGCAACUUAUAAUUCAUGAAGAAGGACUACAUUGGUCUGUGUCUCUGCCCUGUGGAUCUAAUGGGACCAAAGUGGACCCCAGUGAGAUAUCUGCUGCUUUCCAUGUGAGUUAACAUGGGACAUCAUUGGCUAGAGUCCAGAUUUAAUAAUACUACUAAUAAUAUGGCGACGUAAAAUAUUUGUGUGAUUGAUUCGUGACGUGGCUCAGGAUCGAGAGGAUUCAGUUUCGCGACUCAGAGACACCAGGAAACAAAAGCAGGCAGAGACCAGCAGCAGGUUGAGUCAGGCUGUGGGGGGGGGGGGGGGGGGGGGGGAGGCGGUCAGCAACAUGCAGGCAAAUAAAUUGGCCAAAAGAAGGCAAAAUCUAAAAAUGGGCAGAGAAUUUGUGGAAAUGGGCUCAUAUAUACACAGGAACUGACCAGGGAACUGGGAACAGGUGAGUAGGUGGACCAUUCCUUAUUUUUGUAUAUGAUCACAACACAUCCAUAAUUGUUUACCUGUACAAAAGCCACAGGAAUGGAUUGGCUGGCUAGUCGAAAUCAUAAUAUCAGGACGCCCCAAACACUGUUCAGAUGAUGAUCUUUAAUGUCAGUUAAUGUCAGUUAAGCAUAUUUUCAUGCUGUUAUAUUGUGAUGAUUCUGGAGAUACUGGCCUCACUAUCUCAUCCGCCCCCCACCACUCAGUUUGUUCAUGUAUUUAAACACAGUGUGAUCAUGUCUGAUGUCUCAGUUGUUGAUUUUCAACACAUCUUUGCCUGAGGCUUUUAUGUUUUCUCUAAUGUUUACACUGAC